UCGAAAGACUAAGCAAUGAUAAUUUUGUCGACCCUCUAAAAGUUUAGGCCUCUGCCGUGAAGGCGUGGACUUCUCUCUCUCUCUCUCUCUCUCUCUCUCUCUCUCUCUCUCUUCUCUCUCUCUCUUUCGCUUUCGCUUUCGCUUUCGCUCUCGCUCUCGCUCGCUCGCUCGUUCGUCUGCUCGCGAUUCGCCAUGCCUUGAAAGCCAUCGAAAAGCCAGAAUUCAGAAAGAAGAAUGGCGGAAAAUCCAUCGUCCUCCCCAAAACCCAUGCAAACAAUGAAUGUGGUUGAUUCGAUUCCUCCUAACCCAUCAAACCCAAAUCUCACCUCACCUUCGAAUAUCUCCCCUUCUCCUUCGAUGGAUAUUCCUCAAAUCUCAUCUCCGCAGCUUCCGUUAACCCAAACUUCUGCUUCUGCCGCUGGCGGCCAAACCCUUAUAACCCAACCCCAGCAGCMGCACAUUAAUCCCACGGUUGGAUUAGAUUACCAGCAACAACAAUCGCAGCAGCAGCAGCAACAACUACAACAACAACCGCAGCAGCAACAACAACAAUUGCAACAGCAGCAGCAACAACAACAGGGCCUGGUUCCACCUUCGAAUUUCCAAAUCCAACAAAAUUUACAAAGAUCAACAUCAAUGUCUCGGAUGAACCCGAUCCAGCAACAGCAGUACGGCGCGGCGGCUGGUGCCAUGCGGCAGCAAGCAGGAAUUUAUAGCCAAAUGAAUUUCAAUGGAUCCCAUCUUCAACAGCAGCAGCAGCAGCAACAGCAGAUGGGUGGCGGGGGUUUGUCUCGUUCGGCUUUGAUUGGGCAGAGUGCGCAGGUCGGUGGCCACUUACCCAUGUUAUCCGGGCAAGCUGCAGCAGCAGCAGCGGCUGCCGCUCAGUUCAAUUUGCAGUCUCAGAUACUCUCACCGGUAAGGCAGAAAACAGGUUUAAUCCAAGGAUCCCAAUUUCAUCCGGGUAAUACUCCUGGGCAGCCAUUGCAGGGAAUGCAGACAAUUGGAAUGAUGGGGUCACUUGGUCUGAGUGGUCAACUAAGAGGAAACAGGCCCCUCUCCUAUGUCCAACAGCAGAUAAACCAGGGGCAGAUGAGGCAGCAGCAAUUGUCCCAGCAAACUUCACUCUCCUCCCCCCAGAAGCUACAGGCUCAAAAUCUACAAAGGACAUCAUCACUAGCAUCCUUGAACCCUCAGAUGUCUGGGUUGGCUCAGAAUGCACAACCAUCUAUGAUGCAAAACUCCAUGUUGCAGCAGCAGUGGUUGAAACAAAUGCAACCAGCAAUUUCUGGUCAGUCAUUCCAUAGGCAGCAACAGGCCUUCUUGCAGCAGCAACUGGCCUCAUCUCCUCAGCUGCAGCAGAAAUCAAUGGCCUUGAACCCACAACAAAUGUCUCAACUGGUUCAGCAGCAGCCACAGCUAAGUUCUCAGCAGCAACCACAACUCCAGCAACAGCAGCAACACCUCCAGCAGCAACAGCAGCAACAACAGCAGCAACAACAACAAUUGCAUCAACAAUUACAACAGCAGCAGCAGAUGCCACCUUUGCAACAGCAGCAACAGUCUCCAAGGAUGCCAGGACCUGCUGUUCAGAAAUCUCUGAGUCUGACAGGAUCACAACCCAAUACUCCAGCUUCUGGUACAACAACACCAGGGGGGAGUUCAAGCCAAGGAACAGAAGCAACUAAUCAACUUCUUGGAAAGAGAAAAAUACAGGAUUUGGUUUCACAGGUGGAUUCACAGGGGAAGCUAGAUCCAGAAGUUGAAGAUCUUCUUCUUGAGAUUGCUGAUGACUUCAUUGACUCAGUUACAACAUUUGCAUGUAGUUUGGCAAAACAUCGAAAAUCUUCAACUUUAGAAUCAAAGGAUUUAUUACUACACCUAGAGAAAAAUUGGCAUUUGAAAAUUCCAGGAUAUACAAGCGAAGAGCACAAGUACCAGAUGAAAUCUUUGUCAGGCGAUCUUCACAAUAGGCGUCUUGGGAUGAUACGCGCAUUGAUGGAAUCAUCUCAUUCUCAAACCAAUGCAAAUAGUGCUAAAGACACGAUCAGACAAGCAAUUGGCAAUCCAGUUGUUAACCACACAAUAAGAUCAUCCCCAAGCUCAGAGCAUUUGGUAGCACAGUCAACUAGCUCUCCUUUGCUGCAGCAAGUACCACGAUUUGGAACUUGAAGGACAGAAGAAAAGGAUAAAGAAGGGGAUGUUUCUUAUAUAUACUAGUUUUGUUCUCCAUAUCAGUUGGGUGCUGAUUUCUGGAUUGUAAUGUGAAAAAGCAAGCUUGCAUGAUUGGUGGAAAUUCACGGAUAUUCCAUGGGGAUUCAGGAUGGGUAUCGAGAGCAUUUGCUGCAACAGUUGCAGCACACACAAAGAUAUACACUAAAUUGUGCCAUGUUUAACUUAAUAUUGUUUUUCAUUUAUAAUGUCUCGUCUUUAAUCCAUCUUUUUUUUUCUUUCAUUUGGUAUGAUCCUUAAGGUACACACAAUGCAGACUGUGUGUAAAGGGGCCUUACUGCAAGAACUGGUUGAUAGAAACGAUGUAAAAGUAAAAAAAGGAUAAAAGAAAUUAUUGUUGAGCUUCUUUUUGGUUGGCAUUA